AUGUUGCGUUCGCGCAACGACAGGGUAACGUUAGCGACGAGAAUCUGCGAUGCGACAGCCCUCGAAUUUGUCAGCAAAGAAUCCACUACCGCGACUGGGUCCUUGACCAGAGAUGGCCUGCUGCCGCCACCUCUGUUGCUGCCGCCACUUCCAUUGCUGCCGCUCCCUGUCCCUUUGCCUUUGUCUCCUCGUCUGCUGCCUCCUUGUAUCUUGCUGCCUCCUUUCUUGGGCUCCACUUGCGGGAGUAAUGCUACUGCUUCUGAGGAGGAGGAGGAGGAGGAGGAGGAGGAGGAGGAGGAGGAGGAGGAGGAGGAGGAGGAGGAGGAGGAGGAGGAGGAGGAGGAGGAGGAGGAGGAGGAGGAGGAGGAUGAGGAGGAGGAGGAGGAGGAGGAGGAGGAGGAGGAGGAGGAGGAGGAGGAGGAGGAGGAGGAGGAGGGGAGGAGGAGGAGGAGCUGUCAACUCCUAGGGGGACGUUCUUGUAGAGAAUGA